CCAGGAUAUGCCAGUUAGAUGAGAUCAUUGGAUGGAUCCCCAGACCGAAGGAGCACCAUCGUGCCCUACUAGCUGCUGCUGCUGCCCCCCCCCAGUUCGAGGUGCCCUAUGUUCGUCUCGGCCCCGAACCAUCCGCGCCCCUCUUCGUUCGUCUGCAUCGAGCAUAGUGAGAUCGCUAGUCCAUACCGGCCAGAUAGCCGAUCUAAGACAGAUUCACAUGCGUGGGGGGCGUUUAAAUGGGUGAGACUACGAUGACCCAAAUAUUGGUCCCCGUCCUAGUAAGACGAACUCGCCCUAGCAGGGAAUACGAUCAAUAGUGCAGGAGUGCAAAGACCAAUGAUAACGCCGUUACUCUAAA